AUGUGUUGGUUCGGUCUCGUGUCAGUCACUCUGGUGGCGUGUGUCGGCGUCACUGUUACAGGUGUUUCGUCCCUCAACCCUCACCAGUUGGAACUCAAGCAGCACUACGAACAUCUCGCGUAUAUCUCUACCUUUACUUGCCACACUCCACAACCCAGGGUGAUCCCCGUGCACAAGCUGUUCUCCCAGUCGGAGCUCUACGGCAAGGCGUACUUCCCCGACGUCACUGUGUUACACCGCUGUGACGACGCUACCGGAAGCUGUACUGAAGGUAGCCGAUGUGAGCCUGUUCACACCGACUCGCUCCGGCUGCCGUUCAAAGUGACCUUCCUCGAGGAUAUCGAGCACCACAUGAAGGGUUCUUGGCUCAUGAAGUACCACUUCGUCGAGAAUCACACCGAGUGUGGUUGCAUCAAUGGGUACAAACCUCGCCGGUGACGAGUGUUGUCGAAUAGGAACACUUCAGAAUCCAGUAUCAAACCUUGCUGUAGUCCGUAAGUUCUACGUGUCGUAGAUGACCUGUUCUCGAGCAAUGUGUGCUUAGUAUUUAUCGUACAGUAUAUAAAACCUAGUCGCCCAUGCUAGUGCAUUCGAACUCACAUAUUAAACCUUCUGGAAGACUGGUAAGAACGAUAAUGUUUAAGUUUACCUAUGUGAAAUUGAAAUGUAUGCCAUUUAUUAGAGUCAUGAAGUAAUACUGACAUUUAGUUAACAUUUUGAUCUCAAUAGGAAUGAGCAGUGUUUCAAAUUGAAUUGUGUAUCAAAACAAAAUACCAAAGCAAAACUGACAUUUUAUUAAAUUGUUGAAUUCUAAUAUUAUUGAGAUUCUUAGUUUUGUGUGAAAAAGAAUGUACUGGUGGAUCUAAUAAUGCUAUGUAUUAUUCUCUGCUAAUAUAGAAAUAAUUUGUACUGAAACUUCAGCUGUUAAUUACACCAAAUUUUAUAUGUAAAUA